UUUCACGCCGGGACUGGACCAAGAGGUGGAGUCUUUGGGCUUUGAGCUCCAACUCACCCCAUGCCAAUCCCCCUCUCCACACUUUCUGCCUCCUUUCUCACACCAUACUCGGACGGGACACACAGGCGCGCAAUGGAGUCGGAAGGCAGUCAGAGUAACCUGUCCUCACCGGACUCACCGCACGAUCCCUGCAAAAUGUUCAUCGGUGGUCUGAGUUGGCAAACGACUCAAGAGGGUUUGAAAGACUACUUCUGUAAGUUCGGUGAGGUGAAGGAGAGCAUGGUGAUGAGGGAUCCAGUUACAAAGCGCUCGAGGGGCUUCGGAUUUGUCACGUUCAUGGACCAAGCCGGCGUAGACAAAGUUUUGGCCCAGACCCGACACGAGCUGGACUCAAAGACUAUUGACCCGAAAGUCGCCUUCCCGCGACGAGCCCAGCCUAAGUUGGUGACACGGACAAAGAAAAUAUUUGUUGGCGGCCUGUCAGUGAACACCACUAUUGAAGAUGUAAAGCAGUACUUUGACCAGUUCGGAAAGGUGGAUGAUGCAAUGCUUAUGUUUGACAAAACAACCAAUAGGCACAGAGGGUUUGGAUUUGUGACGUUCGAGAACGAAGAUGUAGUGGAGAAAGUUUGUGAGAUCCAUUUCCACGAGAUCAACAACAAGAUGGUGGAGUGUAAGAAAGCUCAGCCCAAGGAAGUGAUGUCACCCACAGGCUCUUCAAGGGGUCGUGCACGUGUGAUGCCAUAUGGAAUGGAUGCUUUCAUGCUUGGGAUUGGAAUGCUGGGGUACCCAGGGUUCCAGGCCGCUACAUAUGCCAGUCGCAGCUAUGCUAGUCUUACACCAGGAUACACAUAUCAGUUCCCUGAAUUCCACUUAGAGAGGACCCCCCUUCUGACAUCACCCCACCCCCCUGAGCUCACAGCCAUUCCUCUUACAGCGUACAACCCCAUGGCAGCGGCCGCCGCGGCAGCAGCCGUGGUCAGAGGCUCCACUCCUUCCCGCACAGCUGGGUUUCUGGGUACCAGCAGUCCCGGGCCGAUGGCAGACCUGUAUGGAACGACCAGUCAGGAGUCAGCAGUCAGUAGUUACAUCAGCGCUGCCAGUCCUGCACCCAGCACUGGAUUCAGUCACAGCCUUGGGGGUCCUCUGAUAGCUACAGCAUUCACUAAUGGCUACCACUGAAAUGUAUGAGUGACAGCUACAAUAAUGAUUAUUGUUCUUAUGUCUUCCCCAAAUCUUAAGGACGGUUUUUAAAGCGUGUGGCGAUUGGUCUCAAUCAGAUUUAAUGGAUGAUGUCUUUUAAUGUUCAUAUUUUUAAAUGUUUGUUUUUAAUUGAGCCAGGCACAUAGUGAUGUGAUGGCGGCUGCAACACUGUUAAUGUCAUGUGACAUAUUUCCUGUUUUAUGAAUUACUAUCAUAUGUGGAUCUAAACUAACUCCCUGUUCCUCUUAUAUAGAGCUAAACCUGUAAAUAAUUUCUUAAGUGUUCGGUUUAACAAGAUAACAUCUUAGUGUACUUUUCUUCUUUCUGAAUAUUUUGUUUCUCUCCGGUGUUUGUCUGUUUUGGUCAUGAUGACACUAUACACAUGUUGUAGGGAAUUGUAGAAAAACUCGUUCGGUCUUACAAGAGCAAUAAUCUGUGACAUAUCUUUGUAGUGUAUUUAAAAGACUAAAUCAUUAGGUACAAUUUUUACAGAAGAAUAUAGUAUGAUGGGAUAUCAAAAUGUAUAUUUUGUUAGUUUGUUUGCAACUGGAUUCAUUACAUUGAUCAUGAAAUUAGCGAUAACUUAGUUUCAGUCUCGUUUGUGUAAAAUAUUGUACAUAAUGUCUUUUUGAGAUCUGUGGGAUCGGUCAAUGUGAUGAGUUUUUUACACUCAAGAACACAGACACGUGAUAUACUCUUUGUGUCUAAAAAAUGAUGUUUUUUCAUGAAAUUACAAACUUGAACUUGUUUUGUUUUUGUUCGGUGUAUUUUUCUUGACAGAAUGCAAAGUUAACAAUGAUGUUACUGAGUAAGUGAGAAAUGUGAAUGUUUUUAUCUUCAGUAAGAUGAUUUAAAAUGUGAAUUGUAACCCCUCUUCCCCUAAAGGUCAGACAUUUACAUUUUUACCAAAUUUAUAUUCAAGUUAACACAAAGUCAGGUAAUGAUUUGAUUAUGCUUCAAUUAACUGAAGAUUCACAACAGGUAAAUAUGACAACACUAAUAUUACAACAUGUUUUAUGAAGUAAUCAGGAUGGAUGUUAAAAUUGAAAGUAUUAAUGUUUCUUAUUUGAAGCCUGACCCUUUCUGAAAUAUUAAAUAAACAAAAAUUGAAAUAAAUUAUUUCAAAUAUCA